AUGACAAUAAACAUCAAGGACAUCGUUUCCGCACGCUUCCAAAAUCCAAAGUUUCAGUACGACGGCAAGCGCAUGCGCAACCUGGCCGUACGAAAAGCACUCGACUACUCAAAAUAUGUUCUGCCCCUUUCUCUCGACGUGCCGCACACCACAAUAUUUCACAGGCACGCCGAACACGUAAGCAUAAACAAGAUGCGCUGUCCGAUCAACAUUGUUCGAUUCACGCCGGACGGCCGGAGACUGAUAAGCGGCACAUCAACCGGCGAGUUCACGCUCUGGAACUCGUUCUCGUUCAACUUUGAGACUAUUCUGCAGGCACACGAGAGCCCGGUGAGGGGCUUAGAAUUUACGCGGCUCGGCGAUCUGCUGCUGUCCGCGGAUACCACGGGCACCGUAAAGUUUUGGCAUCUGAGUAUGAACAAUGUGGGCAUUAGACAGUGCCAUGAGGAGGCGAUACGUGACAUGUCGGUCGCUGACAACUAUUUCGUGACUGCCAGCGAUGAUUCAACGGUUCGCGUGCACAAUUUCGAGAAGAACGAGUGCAUGAUAUUGCGUGGACAUAAUUGGGACGUGCGGGUUGCGCAGUACAAUCCUAGGAGCUCGCUCGUGGCAAGCGGUGGCAAAGACAAUCUGGUCAAGCUGUGGGAUACGCGCACAAAGAGAUGUGUGGCUACAAUGCACUGCCACAAGAACACUGUGCUGUGUGCGCGCUGGAUCGAUGACAUGAACCUGCUCACCGCCGGAAAGGAUCAGGUCAUAAAGCAGAGCGAGCUAAGAAUGCUUAAGGACAAUUUUACGUACAAAUGCAAGAAAGAGGUGACUGCGUUAUGUGUUAUGAACAGGUGCAUGGACAGCAGCGGCAUUCGCAGUGCCAGAUCAGCAAAUUUUUUGUGCAACUCCGAGAUGCGCGGCGAUCUGUUCGCGGCUGGCAUGGCCGAUGGAUCGAUCGCACAUCUCCAGGUAUUCAACCAGAACAUGAGCGUGGUUAGCGGACAUGAAAGCACGGUGUGGAGCAUCGAUUAUCAUCCUAUCGGGCACCUCAUGGCGAGCGGAUCGAUGGACCAGAGCGUGCGUUUCUGGUCAUGGAGAAAGAAGGAAGUGAGUGAAGAGGUCGAGAAUAACGAAGAAAGAAUACCUGGACUGUGCUAUUAGCGUGCUUUUGCAACAAUAUGUGGUUGAUGUCACAGAGAUAGCGAUUUCGUUUUUACUACAUUUCUAUUUUACUGCAUACAAUGUUCUAAUAGCUGUUCGUUUAUAAAGCUGUCCAAGCAAUAACGUCUUCCCUUUCAUUCCUAUUUAUACUCUUUUAGCAUGAUCUAUAGAUUUCUUGUGUAUGAACGGCAAGAUUAUUCGUAAAAUUGGCGGAACAUGGUCUUUAGUAUCUCUAUUGCCCAAUUUAUCAUGUGUUUUGC